AAUAUCAGAUCGCAUCAGGAAGUAAUGGCAGAAUUGGAUUAUUUAUUUCUGGGAUCAGUUGGUUUCUUGAUGACAGCACUAAUGCUUAUUAUCGUACGCGUUAUUAAAUUGUAUUUUGAUGAGAAACGGGCUCGAGAGCGUAAGGAAGCAUUACGCGCAAUGGCAGCUGACGAACAUGUCGCGACAAAUGAGCGUGACGUUGUUGUGGUCGGUGGACGACGGACAGCACGUCGUAGAAUACGUCACGAUGUGGAUGGUGAAAAUGAUAAUGGUAUGGAUUUCGUAAGAAGUGCUGUAGUCCAAGCUGAUGAUAUUUCGGAACAGGAAGAUGACGAAUCACCAUUAGCUGAGCUAGCCAAAGAUGAGUAUUUUGGUAAGAAGAAGCUAGCGAAACUUCAAGCUAAAGAAGAACGACGGAAACAAAGAGAAGCUGAAUUGUUGGAGCGAGAGGAACGGAAAAAACGGGAACAGGAAAGAGAAGAACGCCUACAGAAGGAACGUGAAAAACAGAAGGAGGAAGAGGAAGAGGAGCGUAAGAGGAAAUAUCAGGAAAGAGAAGAACGUGAGAAACGAGAGGAAGAGGAGUAUCGAAAGCUUCGAGAAACCUUUGCGGUUGAUGAAGAAGGAUUCGACCAAAUUGAUGGUGAAGAAUCACAAAAUCUUCUACGCGAUUUCGAAGAGUAUGUUCGUAAGACUAAGGUUGUUAAUAUCGAUGAACUAGGUGCUCAUUUCAAUCUGCGUACGGAAGAUGCAGUAGACCGGCUUAGCUUUUUGGUUGGCAAUGGCACUUUGACAGGAGUAAUGGACGAUCGAGGAAAAUUCAUUUAUAUUACUUCAGAUGAACUUCAAGCCGUGGCAAAAUUUAUCAACCAACGCGGUCGAGUGUCGAGAGCAGAAUUGGUUGAAUAUAGUAAUAAAUUGAUUGCUUUAUAA